AAAAGAAAAAGAAAAGUGGUGGAGAAAAAAAGAAGUAGAUGGCCCACGUUCUCCUAUCCUGGCUGCAAGUAAUGAUUUUGAGAUUUGAGCCUUUGAUUUAAAUCGGCAAAUCAACUUCUAUCUUUCUCUCCUUCGCCGUUUUUCUAUACUCAGCAAUGCAAUGGAGUACCAAAACUCCGGAAUGCUAUCGAAAGAGCAAUUGCUUCAUCUCUUUGACCGUUUUGCUUUUCUCACCUCACAGCCUGAUGUGAAGAAACGGAUUGCUGAUGCUGUAAAUGAUAAGCAGGAAGCUGUAGCCGUAACUACUGCAAUCCAAGAGGAGAUAUUUCAGGAGAUGGGAGUUGAUCCAAGGUUUGGUAUAGCUUGCUUGGGAAAAGUAAACAUGGCUUACGAGAAUGACCUAGCUCUGCUGAUCCAGUUUUAUGUAUUCGUAGCUAAGGAAGAGACAGCAUGUGAGGAAGCUGAACUUGGACCUGAGAAAUUUGCAGAAAGAAUGGAGGCGCAACGGAAGUUACAACAACAGCAAUUGGAGAUGCUGAAAUACAUGCGUAACUUUCACCUGGACGAUCAGUUGGCAAUCCUUGAAAAGGUUAGCCAGCAGAUGGAGAAGGCAAAUUUUGAUUCAGAGGCAUCUGUGUUGUCAGUUGAGCAGAUUCAAGACAUUGUUCCAAGAAGGGUAUCGCCUGUAUUUCAGCCAAGAUAGCUGGAAAUUAUUUUGUUUAGAGGUUUCUACUUUCUACUAUGAAUUGAUGAACCUUUAAUACUCGUCACUUUGGAGAAUCGAGUUCUAAUUUAGUGUCAUUCACAAUCUCUCAUA